GUAUGGCCUCUUCAUUACUGGGAUCUAGUGAAGACGGGGUAUCCUGUCCCCUGUGUAUCAGUGUGUACGAAGAUCCAAGGACAUUGCCGUGUGGACACACGUUCUGCUCAAACUGCUUGCAAAGCCACAUAUCUGCCUCUAUCAGUCCUGACAAAACCUUUAGAUGUCCUAUGUGCAUGCGUUCCAUCAACAUCCCAGAUGAUAAAAAAGAAGCCAACACAUGUGCCUCACUGUUUCCCCUCAAUGUGGCCUUAACCCGCGCCAUAGAUGAAGUGAAGCAGUUGAAACGACGUGAGUUGACCAGCUGGUGUUGA